GGAGCAACAUCGCCCUUUCCUCAUCCUGCCCUUCUGCAACUUUACAGGGCUACAGAGUUGGUGCAACAAGUCUCACCUCCCAGAUUCCUGUAAAGCACCUGGCCCAAUCUGUUACCUAACAACCCAGACAGCGUCAUCUCACCUGUUCUUACCCUUUCUUGAGAACACUGGGGCAGUAUUAAAGCCCAGACCACUACGCCAACUACCGCAUCUGAGCCGUUCCCAGGAACCAGGAGCCACUGCCUGGGAUUCAGACAUUCUGCAAGCAACUUUCAGCAGCACUGACAGCCACCAUGAAGGUGACAAUCUCCUUUCUCUUCCUGUUGCUGCCACUGAUUCUGAUGUCCAUGGUCUCUAGCAGCCCAAAUACAGGGGUCGCCAGAGACCACAGGGACAGACGCCAGGCUUCUGGGAGGUGGCUGCAAGAAGGCGGCCAAGAAUGUGAGUGCAAAGAUUGGUUCCUGAGAGUCCCUAGAAGAAAACUCAUGACAGUGCCCAGGCUGCCAAAGAAGCAAUGUCCCUGUGAUCAUCUCAAGGUCAAUGUGAAGAAAAUCAGACACCGCAGGCACCAGAAGAAGCCAAACAAGCACUUGCAAGCCUGCCGAGAAUUUCUCAAACAAUGUCAACUAAGGAGCUUAGCUCUGCCCUUGUAAGGGCUCUGAACGGAGCCUGCAAAAAGUCAAACCUGUCAAAAAGGCAGCAAAGGCAGCAAGCACUCCUAGAGCACACCCUUCCCCUCCCCACACCCAGGAUCAAUCCAGUGCCCUAAAGGUAUUUUCCCCCAACAUCACUUUGAUGAUUGCUCCUUCUGCUGUUUUCUUUUCUUUUCUGGUGCCCUCCCUCUCACCCAGCUUUAAGCUUUAAUUACCCAAUUACCUGGAAGAGACUAGGAAACCCAUCCUCCUAGCUAGUCUCACUGGACCUUAAAUAUAAUCAAGAAAAGUAACAGGGGGGCCGAGGAUUUAGCUCAGUGGUUCUGGGUCAAGUGCAAGGACCCCAGUUCCAU